UUUUCGCACAAAGUUUGCUAGCGGGACAUGGCUCCUUUGCAGGUAGUGGAAUUACUGAACAGAAUGGAUUAAGAAUAAUGAAAAAAACACAAUGGACACAUUGCCAGAUCUACAACAUCUUAAGCUAAAGCAGUAUUUCAAGGAAGUGGAUUACAGUAGCUGGCAGCGGAGCAAAAGAAAAAAUGAUACUGUUGGUCAGAAGACAAAACCCGUUCCUUGGGCUCAUCCGCCCUCUCUGCCCAAAGUUGCCACCCCCUCUGUCAGUGCAGCGAGGAGAGAAAGCAGCAGCGCGGCGUCCUCCGCUGCAUCCAAACAGGUGCAGCUGGACUGGGCAGGACUAUCCCGCCCCAGCACUAUGCACGUAGGAUCGUCAGUGUCGUUGAAAUCUAUGUACGCGAUUAAGAAGAACGCUGUUGCGCUGGAACCACUCCCUCAGAAGAAAGACUCGACCAAAAUACUUAAGAUGCUGAUAAAGUUGAGGAGGAAUGCCGUAGAAGAACUGGAGGCGUACUGCGUGUCCUUGCAGGAAAAGAACCAGCAAUUGACCCGAGAGAUCGACGAGGCAAACCAAAGCUCCUUCUCCAGUGUGAGGGAAUCCCUCAUUCUGCACGAGAAACUUGGGGAUACGUUUGCCACUUUAAACGGGUGGAGCCGCAGUCAGAUAGGCCGGGCCCAAGACGAGCUGGGGGUCGUGCAACACUCCACACAGAAACAGCUAUGCGGCCUGCGGGAGCGGCUGGGAAGCGUGAGCGCAGAGGUCCUGGCGGCCCGGGAGGAGCUGCACACACUCAGAACCUACAGGGACAUGCAGUACCCGGUGAAGGCCCUGAAGAUCGCCACGAUGAAGGCCCAGAUCCAGCAACUGAGAGAGAAGCUGCAGGAUGAGCAGGAGGGCGUGGCGUCGGUCUGCUGGCAUGAGAUGGAGAAACUGGUGGGAAAGUCCAGGCAGAAAGAGGAGGACAUGCUAGCUGCAGUCGCUAAACAACAUUUGUCCUACAUUUCACCUGUGGUGCGGGAGAGGGCUUCACGGAAUUGUCUGAUGAAGAAAGAAAUUGAAAUGUUCAGAAAAACCAUUAAAGAGCUGGAGCAGACCAAUGAGGAGCUGGCCGCUGACAUCCGAGAGCUCCAGCGUGCCCGCAAGAACCGCAGAAAAGAGAUGUUCCGCCACGUUUUCCUCCAAGUAGAUAAGUGUACUCCUGAUAUGGACGUGGUGCUCGACAUCCCCAAGAAGAGCGGCUCCCUGCUUAGCUGUGCGGUUACGGAAGGCCAUCUUUAAAUCAUUGUCGCUGCCCCUGCAGUCUAGUGCUCCUUCACACCAGCCCAGUUUAAACGCAUUACAAUGUUCACAAUGUUUAUAAAUCCGUCUUCAUGCCACCAAGCAACUCCUGACAACUGUUCAGAAUAUUUAUGAAAAUGAAAUAAUUUAAUAAAUUUCCAACACCAUUUUCUUACUUUGCGUACAUUUCGGUUAUUUGCGCCCACUGUGCAAUUUCUGGCUAUUGCAGCGAAUAUUUUUAUAAUCGAGGUUGAGGUCGAAGUUGUCUUGCGGGCAUGAGACUGGAAUGGCCAAAUCUGCAAAUGGAAGGCGGUUUAUGAAGUGCAAUGCUCACCUACAUUGUGUGGGUAACCGUGUGGUUUCCUUGAAUAAUUACAUCUGACAAUUUGCAGUGCCCACAAGGCGACACAUUUUUAUUCCGGUUCAUUGUUUGAAUGCAUGUCUUGUGAGUGUCGGGUUUUUAAAUAUAACCGCUGAGUUUGCAGAGCCUUUCUGAUCCCUUUGUAAAUCUUCUGGAGACAUGCUGCUGUAGCUUUAGGAAGCUUAUGCAAUUUGCUUAAGUGUGGGAAAGAAGUUUUGCUUUGUAAACAGUGGGGGACACGGUCGCCCCUUCCUACGGGUGACUGCUUUGAUUACUUGUGUUGUUUCUGUUGGAAAGGAUUCAGCCGAGGCUCGGAGAGUCAGAUUUCCUGGUAAUAACGCGAAACGCUGGACAGGGGUGCCUGACCUUUGCCCUUUCGUGAUGACAGGGAUGUUGCAACACUGCAUUUUUUUAAGGGAAAGCAUAUGUGCUCUGUUGAGCGAACAUAGGUCAUCCGAAGUUUGAAUCUUUCUGGUCGUCCCUCUAUCCUGAGGUUGGUAUUGGGACACCCAUCUUUAUAUAGAUAUUCUGAUAUUUAGUCUAAAAUGAGUUUAGUAGCUGUGCCCUAUGAACUUUAGAUACAAUAAUAGAAUAAAG